UUUAUUUAUCAUUGACCUACAACUGUCUUUCUACAAGCAGAGACAUGUUGUGAAAGCUGGUAACUAUAACUGCCACAAAUGUAAAUACAGAUGUACAUUGCGUUUAAGAUAAGUGUGGGGCUAUCAAACGUUGGCUUUUUACAAAACAUUUCUGGAUAACAAUGAUGCUUGUAUGGUUGUUGGUUUUUCUUUUAUUUCAUCUUGGAAACGCCUAUUCCGAAACCAAACCGAAAAACAAUACAUUUGUCGCCGUAAUAGUGGAUUUUGAAGUGGACUGUAUCCAGUAUUAUUGUCAACAUACCAGGAAAAUUUUUGGGUUCUUCUGGCAUCCGCUCACAAAGGAAACAGCAAUCUUUGACUCAUGCGUCAGGCUCGACGUCUAUUAUUGCAAAGCAAAUUACCAGUUUAGCAGAUGCCAAAAUCGCGACUAUUGGAGCAUGCUCUGCACCAUUUGGGAAUUCAGUUACAGCACGGAAUACUGUCCGAACUUGGUGAAAGCGAGUUGUCAGUGUAAAAAAGAUAGCGGCAAUCGAUACAACUUUACCUUCAACCCGAAGCACUAUAAUUGGCUGAAAGUGGUUUUCAUUAAAGGGGAAGCGGACGUGGUAGAAGAGUCGGAUAUCAUCGGAGAAAGCCCAAUAUUCCACGCAAAUAACUAUCCAGAUUUUUGGAAUCCAAUUCCAAAUACAAAUACACGCCGUCUCUACAGCACUCAAAAGGGGACAAGUGCUCAUGUUAUUUCAGGAUGGAUCAUCGCAACUGGAGCUGUGGUUUCAGUUGCUCUGGCUAAAUUUAUCGGUUAAUCCUAAUUUUGAGAAGAGCUUCAUGUCCGUGAAGUUUGCACAGACAACGCUGAGUUAUAAACGAUAUCUAGUUUUUAAAACUCGAUUGCAAAAAUGCGUAUAUAAAUAUUAGUUUAAGAUGUUAAAUACAUACAUGCAGUAUUUCAUGUAUUAAUUAAUAUAAAAGCAACUUUUGUGGAAUGGGUUGUUGAAAAUUCACAUUUCAAUGACAGGAAAUGAAUUUGUAAUGUUACGAACUAAAACAAUAUUUAAAACAAAUUAAAAAAACAUCUUGUUUAGUUCAUUUAAUUUUUUUUUUAUUUUACUUACCCAUUUAAUUUUGAAGUAACAAGUAAAGUUAAAAUUGAAAAUUCGCACCUGUAAGUUAAAAUUAACAGCUAUAUUUUAAUUGCUUACAUUUUAUGAAUUUGUAGAUGCAAAGAAACGAAUAGCUAAAAAUGUACUUUAUAUUGUAUUUAUAGUGUAAAACUGAGCUAAUGUUGAAAGGAAAUUUACAGUAAAACCGAAAUAAACUUCUGUGAUUGCAA